AUGUUCCUCCACGCCACCAUCUUGACGCUGUCGUUGACCUUUCUUGCUAAUGCAGCUUUUGUUGCGAGUGCGAACCGGCCAAAUGUCGUCUUCAUUCUAACGGAUGAUCAGGAUGCGCAGUUGGGUAGUAUGGACUACAUGCCCUCUGUGAACCGGCAUCUGACUCAGCGCGGCGUAUCCUUUCAACGCCACUAUUGUACGGUGGCUCUGUGCUGUCCAUCCAGAGUCACAUUGUGGACGGGCAAGGCAGCUCACAACCAUAAUGUCACGGAUGUUGAUGGGCCAUAUGGCGGAUAUCCUAAAUUCAUAUCUCAGGGAUUGAACCGCAACUGGUUGCCUGUUUGGCUUCAAAACGCUGGAUACAAUAACUACUAUGUCGGAAAGCUUUUCAAUGCCCACACCGUCCUUAACUAUUGGGCUCCCUUCCCAGCAGGAUUUGCGGGAACGGAAUUCCUCCUUGACCCGUACCAAUACCAGUAUUGGAACCCGGGGUUCCAGAGAAACUUCGGGCUUCCAAAGACAUAUCCAGGUCAAUAUUCAACGGACUUGGUUGCGGAGAAGGCGUUGGGCUUUCUUGAUGAUGCUGUCAAAGAGCCUAAGCCAUUUUUCCUCACUAUUGCCCCAACAGCGCCCCAUGGCAACUUCAAUGUUACUGUCGAUCCUUGGACCUUUUCCUACAACCUUACCAAACAAAACCCAAUGCCCGCAACCAGACACCUGGGCCUCUUUACCGACGCCAAAGUCCCUCGUACAAAGAACUUCAAUCCGGACAAACCUUCUGGAGUGAGUUGGGUCGCUCGACUUCCUCGGCAGGACGCUACCAAUGUUGAGGAGAAUGAUGAGUUUUAUCGCGACCGUCUGCGCGCACUUCAGGCUGUCGACGAAAUGGUUGACCAUGUAGUCGCUCGUCUGGAGCAAUAUGGGAUUCUCAACAACACAUACAUUUUCUACUCCUCAGACAACGGGUACCACAUCGGCCAGCAUCGCUUGCAACCUGGCAAAACGUGCGGCUACGAGGAAGACAUCAACGUUCCACUCAUAGUUCGCGGACCCGGAGUUGCGGAGGGUGUGAAACAGGACUUUCCCACUUCGCACACGGAUCUUGCGCCGACCUUGCUCAAAAUCCUCGGCAUCCCACUGAGAGACGAUUUCGAUGGCUCUCCUAUACCAUUGGUGAAGGACGUUUCUGCAAAUGCCCUAGAAUCUGCGCGGAGAGAGCACGUCCAGGUGGAGUUCUGGGGCCUUGGGGAUCCCAGCGAGAACGCUUACUCGUCGGGUUCGGGCAUCAACAAUACGUACAAGCUUCUUCGCGUGAUGGGUGAAGGAUAUGACCUUUCGUAUUCUGUUUGGUGCACAAACGAGCACGAGCUCUACGACAUGACUACCGACCCAGACCAAAUGAACAAUUUGUUGGCCGCAGAUCUCACCGACAGCACCUCGCAACCCGAAUCAAACACGACCAUCAUAGGCGUCACUAUUCCUACUUUGGCAUCCCGUCUCGAUGCCUUGCUCCUUGUCCUGAAGACUUGCAAAGGUGACACAUGCCGCAAUCCUUGGAAGGCAUUGCAGUUGGACGGGAAGAUUACUAGUCUUGUCGACGCUCUGGACCCCUCAUAUGAUAACUUCUUCGAAAACGAGCUGCCUAGGGUCUCUUUCUCUGCCUGUGAGGCAGGGUAUAUUAUUAAUUCUGAAAUGCCGCUGUUUGAAGACCUACAACUGUCCAGAAGGCGCGGAGAGAUGAUGCUGAAUGGCGCGGAUCUCGAUGGGCGCCGCUGA